AUGAGCAAGGAGGUUAUAUGGUCCUCAAGUGUAACUAUUUGUGAAUUGCUUGAAUCCAAAAUAUGGGUGCCUCUACACUUGUUUCAUUUAUUUAGCACCCUCUUCUUUUUCAAAAUGUGUCCUAUCUGUAUAGAACCACAGAAUGGGACAGCUGACUCUGAAUUCCUCCUCCUGGGACUCUCAGGUCGUCCAGAACUGCAGCCUCUUCUGUUUGGCCUGUUCCUGUCCAUGUACCUGGUGACCAUGCUCGGGAACCUACUCAUGAUCCUGGCUGUCAUCUCUGACUCCCACCUCCACACACCUAUGUACUUCUUCCUUUCCAAUUUGUCCUUGGCUGACAUCAGUUUCAGCACCACGACAGUUCCCAAGAUGCUGGUGAACCUGCAGACACACAGCAAAUCCAUCACCUAUGCAGGCUGCCUAACUCAGGUUACCUUUUUUUCUCUUUUUGCAUGUUUGGAAAGUCUACUCCUGGCUGUGCUGGCCUAUGACCGGUUGGUGGCCAUUUGUCAGCCCCUACACUACCUGGUCAUCAUGAGCCCCCGCCUCUGUGGGUUGUUGGUCCUGUUGUCAUAUUUCUUCAGCCUUUUGGACUCUCAGCUGCACUACUUGAUGGUGUCACAACUUAACUUCUGUACAGAUGUGGAAAUCCAUCAUUUCUUUUGUGACCCUGUCAUCUUCCCCAAGGAAGGAUGCGGUGGCCUCAGUGAUGUAUACUGUGGUCACCCCCAUGCUGAACCCCUUCAUCUACAGCCUGAGGAACAGGGACAUCAAGAGUGCCCUAUGGAGGAUGAUCAGAAGAAUAGUCUGAUCUCUUUACCUGUGCUGUCAUUUUUGGUUCAUAGACUGCAAAGAGCAGUAAAAUCAAACAUGUGCAACAAGAAAUUCUGA